ACAUUACAUUAAAACAAAAAAAAAUCCUCUCUAAACUCUCUAAUAUUACUAUCACAAUAAUUCAUCUCCAUUUAAGCAGCCAAAGGUGAAGUCACUAUUGAAAUUGAAAGAAUUCCAAAAAAAAUUAUUACUAACAAAGCAUACUUUUGGGGAAUUUGGUUGUUGAAGGUUCAUGGCACCAAGAUCAGGCAGGGGAAAAGGAAACAGAGCUAAAACUGACAAAAAGAAGAAAGAAGAGAAAGUAAUUCCAAGUGUGCUUGACAUAACUAUCAUCACUCCCUAUGAAACUCAAGUUGUUCUCAAGGGCAUAUCGACGGACAAGAUACUGGAUGUAAGGAAGCUACUAUCUGCCAAUGUUGAAACAUGUCAUUUUACCAACUAUUCUCUGUCUCAUGAGGUGAAGGGACCAAAGCUAAAUGACAAGUUAGAUAUUGCGACUCUCAAGCCAUGUCUGCUGAAAAUGGUUGAAGAGGACUACACGGAGGAGUCUCAGGUGGUGGAUCAUGUCCGGAGGUUACUCGACAUCGUCGCCUGCACUACCCGCUUCGCUAAGCCCAAGGCCGGAAAAUCCACCACUGCCUCCGCCGCUUCCGGCGGCGCCGGUUUGGAAUCUCGGGCUAAGAAGCCCAAGGCGCAGCGAAAUGCUUCAAGCCGACCAGCUUCGCCGUCAGAUGGAGUGGCACCUACAUUGGAGCCGUCAGCUCCGGCGGUGCAGGAGGAGAAUGCAAUGAUGGCGAUUCAUCCAAUUCCUAAGCUCUCUGAUUUCUACGAGUUCUUCUCUUUCUCUCACCUCUCUCCUCCUAUACUAAGUUUGAAAAGAGUGGAUUGUAACAAUGCUAAAACAAGGCGAGAUGGCGACUAUUUUGAAUUACAGAUUAAGAUAUGCAAUGGAAAGACAUUGCAAGUGGUUGCAGCAGCAAAAGGUUUCUACACUUUGGGGAAGCCACUUAUGCGAAGCCAUUGCUUGGUUGAUCUUCUGCAACAGCUCAGUCAAGCUUUUGCUAAUGCAUAUGAAUCCUUGAUGAAGGCCUUUACAGAACAUAACAAGUUUGGUAAUCUUCCAUAUGGUUUCCGCGCCAACACAUGGCUUGUCCCUCCAUCCAUUGUUGAUUCUGCAUCAAACUUCAUUCCCCUUCCAGUGGAAGAUGAGAGUUGGGGUGGCAAUGGCGGAGGUCAGGGAAGGAAUGGAGAGCAUGAUCAUAGAUCAUGGGCCACAGAUUUUGCAGUACUGGCAAAACUACCUUGCAAAACCGAGGAGGAGAGGGUGGUUCGGGACCGAAAGGCUUUUUUGCUUCAUAAUCUUUUCCUCGACGUCUCUAUUUUUAAAGCUGUCUCGGCCAUAUACCAAGUCAUGGAUUCUACUUCGAGGGAUACCUCAAAUUGUGCUCUGGGUUCAGUACUCUCUGAGGAUUGCAUUGGUGACUUGUCUAUUGUAGUUAAAAGAGAUUUCGGGGAGGCUAGCCUGAAAGAAGUUAAAGUAAUCGACAGUACAGAUUCUAAUGUAUCUGCUGAGGAUGUUGCUCAAAUAAAUUUAAUUAAAGGAGUAACUGCUGAUGAAAGUGUUGUCAUACAUGACACAUCCUCAUUGAGCAUGGUGGUUGUGAAACAUUGUGGUUACAUGGCAAUUGUGAAAGUUGUUGGUGACAUUCAGGUGGAUAAGAGUCUGCCUCAGGAUAUCAAAAUCGAUGACCAACCAGAUGGGGGAGCCAAUGCACUCAACAUCAACAGCUUGCGCCUUCUGCUCCACAAGCCAGUGACUGCUGGUUUUUCUGGAGGUGGUCAAUUGCCCCCGUCUGAUUUGAAAGACUCUGCAAAUUCAAUGUCUUUGGUUUAUAAAAUCAUUAAGGAUGGUUUGAGUAAGUUAAAGGGGAUGGAUGAUAAAUCCAAAGGGUCCAUCAGAUGGGAACUUGGUUCUUGUUGGGUUCAACAUCUACAAAAGCAGGAAAGACCAGCAGAAGACACAGUUGGGAAUGGUGGUAAGGCUGAACCCAUAGUUAAGGGGCUUGGAAAGCAGUUUAAAAUGCUCAAAAAGCGGGAAAAGAAACCAGAUAAUGUUAGUUCCAUGGAUGACAAUGAAGCAGAUGAUGUGACAGCCAGCACUCUGAACACAGAAAGUGGCUCGAUGAAACUAAGUAAUGGUAAUCCAAAGUGUGAAGUUGAAUGGAGGAGAUUUAUCUCUCGAGAAGCUUACCUUCGUUUGAAAGAAAGUGGGAUGGAUCUACAUCUGAAGUCAGUGGAUGAACUUGUCGAAAUGGCACACAAGUAUUAUGAUGAAGUUGCUCUCCCGAAGCUGGUUACAGACUUUGCAUCGUUGGAACUUUCUCCAGUUGAUGGACGCACCCUUACCGAUUUCAUGCAUUUAAGAGGAUUACAAAUGCGUUCUCUGGGUCAUGUGGUUGAACAAGCAGAGAAGCUUCCUCAUAUACAGUCUCUUUGUAUUCAUGAGAUGGUUACUCGAGCCUUCAAGCAUGUACUUAGAGCUGUCAUUGCCUCCGUUGACAAUGUGGCCAACUUGUCAGCUGCUAUAGCCUCAACCUUAAAUUUCUUGUUCGGGUCUUCUCCCACACAAGAGAGUGAUGAAAACCACAUUCUCAAGAUGCAAUGGUUGAGGAAAUUUCUGGUUGAAAGAUUUGGUUGGACAAUAAAAGAUGAAUUCCAACAGUUGAGGAAAUUGACGGUCCUCCGCGGGCUUUGUCAUAAGGUUGGAUUAGAGUUGGUUCCAAAAGAUUAUGAUAUGGAAUGCCCAUACCCCUUCAGUAAAAGUGAUGUUAUCAGUGUAGUGCCUUUGUGUAAACAUGUUGGAUGCUCUUCUGCUGAUGGACGAACUUUACUAGAAUCAUCUAAGGUUGCUCUUGACAAAGGGAAGUUGGAAGAUGCUGUAAUGUUUGGAACAAAGGCCCUGGCAAAAAUGAUAGCUGUAUGUGGCCCCUAUCACCGUGCCACUGCAAGUGCAUAUAGCCUCCUCGCUGUUGUCCUUUAUCACACCGGAGAUUUCAAUCAGGCAACAAUUUAUCAACAGAAGGCAUUGGAUAUCAAUGAGAGGGAGCUAGGACUUGACCAUCCAGAUACAAUGAAAAGUUAUGGGGAUCUUUCUGUAUUCUACUAUCGUCUCCAACACAUUGAGUUAGCUCUGAAGUAUGUCAACCGUGCUUUAUUUCUUCUUCACUUUACAUGUGGACUAUCUCACCCAAACACGGCUGCCACAUAUAUAAAUGUGGCUAUGAUGGAAGAGGGCAUGGGAAAUGUACAUAUUGCUCUUAGAUAUCUACACGAAGCCCUUAAAUGCAACCAAAGAUUAUUGGGAGUAGAUCAUAUACAGACUGCUGCCAGCUAUCAUGCCAUAGCCAUAGCUCUUUCUCUCAUGGAAGCAUAUUCACUGAGUGUGCAACAUGAACAAACUACAUUGCAGAUUCUUCAAGCAAAAUUAGGAGCAGAUGAUCUCCGCACUCAGGAUGCUGCUGCAUGGCUUGAAUACUUUGAAUCGAAGGCCUUAGAGCAGCAAGAAGCUGCAAGAACAGGAGCUCCGAGACUAGAUGCAUCCAUUGCUAGCAAAGGUCAUCUCAGUGUGUCAGACCUACUGGAUUACAUUAGUCCUGGCCAGGGUUCAAAGACGAUAGAAGAGCAGAGGAAACGACGUUCAAAGGUGUUGCCAGUAGAUGAUCAAUCUCAAAAAGGACAGCAUGAUGGAAGAAGCAACAAUCCCAUCAAUCAUGAUGUUACGGAAAAUCGUGUGACCAUAGUAGAAGUUAAAAAGAAAGAAGAUGCCGUAGAGAGAGUCGCUACUCAAGAAGUUGAAGGCAUUAAUAUCACUAAUAAUGAGGAACCAGUGGAAAUAAUACACGAAACAAGCUCUGAUGAAGGUUGGCAAGAAGCAAAUUCAAAAACACGGACGGGGCAUGGCAGUGGCAAGAUGUUCAACCGAAGGCAACCUGGUCUUGCCAAGAUCAAGACAAACUUGGAAUACCUUUUCCCUCGAGACAACAGUUCCAGGAAAGAGGUUACUUCGCAGGGACAAAAAGUGGUAUCUAAGAAUGGUUUAGGAGAAUUUUCUCCUGCAAAGCAACUAAAGGCUUCCAGCUUCACUUCUUCUGAAAAGUCAACCAAACUCACAGCUAAAAUGACUGUUGCCGAAAUUUCUCGCACAUCAAAUGUCACUGUUCCAUCUCCUCCUGCCUCUCUUGCUACCAUGGCCUCAAAAUCCUUAUCAUACAAAGAAGUAGCAGUGUCUCCACCAGGUACGGUUCUAAAGCCUUUAUUGGAGAAAGUAGAAGAAUUAAAUGAGGAUAAAACUGAUUCCCAGAUCUGCGUUAGUCCAACUGAAACAUCAGAAGAAGAUGGAAGGCACUCAGUGACCACAGAGGCUACACCUGCCAAUGAUCUAGACAGACAUGGGAUCCAUGAAGAUGAAGUCCAGAUAAGUGGAUCUGAGUCAGAUAAAUCUUCCCUGGAGUCCGAAGAUGUUUCAUGUUCAAGUAGUGAGGAAAAAUGUUUACGACGAAAUGGGAGCAAGCUAUCUGCUGCUGCUGAACCAUUCAAUCCAGGUGCCUACCAUUUGACUCAUAUGUUGAUUUCUGCUGCUGUCACUAGUGUCUAUGAUGUUAGAGCCAGCCAAGGCAUGCUUACUGAACCAGUGGGAUUUCCAUCAAUUGCUGAGAGAGUUCCUUGUGGUCCCAGAUCACCUUUGUACCCCAGGACAAGCCAUGCUCGCAUGAAAAAUGGAUAUGUGAAGUACCAAAAGCCUGCUGCUGAAAUAAACAGUUACGAUUAUCCAAGAAUCAUGAAUCCACAUGCACCUGAGUUUGUUCCAAGAAAUACAAAGCCAACUACUGCUGCAAGUGAAGAUUCAAAAGUGGCUAUUGACGCUGAUUCUUCCACAGGGUUGAAUAAUUCUGUCACAAUAGUUUCAGCAGAGGAGAAGCUUGAUAAAAAGGCUACAGUUAAUGUUAAAAAUGGUAGAUCAACAAAAAGUAGUUCACAUGCUGACAGGGAAGAGCUAGCUAGGCAAAUACAAAAUAGCUUCAUUGUGAAGUCGAAACAGAAUAAUUCAGAUGUUGCUAGUGAAUUUCCCGUUAGUACAAAGAAGUCUGAGUUCUUAGUUAGCUCUGCCAAAGCAAGUGCAGAUAGUGCAACUAAAUUGCAUGGUGGAAGUGAAGGGAAAAAGGAGCUUCCAAUAGAAGCAAAUAAAUAUAGCGGGCCAAAGACAGUUGAUGUAGAUAAAAAUAAGCAUGAGGAUGGAGAGGGUUUUUUGCCUGUUGUAAGGCGAAGAAGAAACAGGCGGCAAAUUGCCCAUGGAAUAAAUGGUUUGUACAGUCAGCAGUCUGUCUGUGCUUAAGUAUAUUGAGGAAAGUGAUCUCAACUAGAAUGUGCUUCAUCUCCAGACAACCUCCAUAGGCAGUUGACGCUGUAGAAAUGUGGAAGAUAAACUGCAGUAGGACAACUAAUAAUUUCUUCUCUGAGGAGGUUGCUUAUCUUGUUCACCCGAAAUAAAAGACGAGGUGAGGAAAGAGAUUGGAUCAAAAUGAUAACAGAUCUGGAGGUACAAUUUUUUGGUUAGCCAGGAGUUUCAUUCAACUUCCUUUUUGUGCAGUCUUUGCUUCUUUCUCCAUUGUAAAGUUCAUCUAGCUUUAUAUGGAUAAGGUACCCCUUUUUUUUUUGGUUUCAAUAAGGCGCCCUUUCUGAAAUAGCUUCCCAUGCUAUUGUAAUUUAGGAAAACAAGUUGAAACAAGUGAUAAUUUGUUGAGUAAAUACCAUCAUACUUCUUGUUUCCUGGUAAUUGAUCUCCUUGAGUUAUUUUGA